GACAUACAUGCAUAUAAGCCCGUAGGUAGCACCGACCAGCACCAGCAUUGUGAAAUUGCGUUCUUCUCUUCUGGAUCGAGGUACUUGAUUGCUCGUUUCCAUUUCGUUAAAAAGAAUACAAGAUGCCGACCUAUAAAUUGACUUAUUUCCCAGUCGCAGCUCUUGGUGAGCCAAUUAGAUUCCUUUUCAACUAUGGUGGAGUUGAAUUUGAGGACAACCGUUUCGACAGAGAUGACUGGCCUAAACUUAAGCAAGAGAUGCCUUUUGGCCAGGUCCCUGUAUUGGAAAUUGAUGGAAAGAAAUAUCCCCAGUCUGUCGCCAUCAGCCGUUACUUGGCCAAAAAGUUUGGUGUUCUUGGAAAGGAUGAUUUAGAGGCUCUUCAAGUUGAUGCCACUGUUGACACCAUUCAUGAUCUCCGUGCAAAGAUGGCGGCUUCCCACUAUGAAACCAAGGAAGACAUCAAAGCUGACAAACGCAAAGUCGCCGAAGAGCUGGUGCCAUACUAUCUGGAACGUCUGGACGCCCAAGUGAAGAAUAACGGUGGCCACUUCGUUGGCGGGGCCUUGACCUGGGCUGACCUGACUUUCGUUGCUCUUCUUGAUUACUUAAACUUCAUGUGGGGUUCCGAUCUCAUCGAGAAGUACGAGAACUUGAAGCAGCUGAAAGAGAAGGUCAUAAACUUGCCCGCAAUCAAGAGCUGGAUCGAGAAACGUCCGAAGACCGAGUGUUAAAUCUUCACUGGAUAAAUAACGUACUGUCUUACGCUUAGCGUAUCUACUUCCUGUUUGAAGUUCGUCGUGGAGGAUGUCGAAGAGGGUAGUAACACGGGAAUGAUGACUGCAUAAAAUGCGAAUCGCUGUCAAGUAUAGCCGUUCCACGUGUUUGCUACAACUAUGUCAUUUGAUUGAUACGAAGGCUUCGAUCUUACCACUAAAAUAUAUCAUUGAUGAUUAUUUGUAUACUUAUAAAGAGAUCCGGAUAUAUAGACCGAUAACAUAGUAUUGUACUUUUGUAUUCGAAUAAAGAGUUCAUUUUAAUAA